AUGACGAGAUCCAGUUACCGGCCACUGGUACCGCGCUCGUCAAAUAACUCCUUGGACAACCGAGAAAUUGGGAGCGGUCUGAUGGAUCCCCAAGUGUGGAGGCCUGAUGGCUCGUUAAGCGCCUUUUGGUACCUUUACACUGGACUGUUCGAAGUCUGGAAGAUGCUUGAUACAUCCGAUCCUAAAAAGGCGAUCGUCUUCGUCAACUACGCCCAAAGCUAA